GUGCCGCGUCCACGACACCGCCGCAUAUGGAGACCACUUCAAUCGCGACCCUAAUGUAUUGUUUGGAAUAACUGGCCCUUAAAAAUGGAAUCGCCUGACGUGAAAAUGUCAAAACUGGGCGUUUAAAAGCUGUGGACUAUUUUUUUUUUUCAGGGGGAGACUUUCGACACCGUAUGAGUAUGACAACAACACAAUAGUGUUGGCAAAAUGAGGAUCCAGGGUCAACCCGAGAGUGCCAGGAGGCGCUUGGAUUUAAGCGCAUCUGGCGAGCUGCGGCGCGUGGAAGUCCACCGUGGUCGUACAGGCUACGGGUUUACCAUCUCAGGACAGUGGCCAUGUUUAUUGAGCGGCAUCUUGGAGGGAAGUCCCGCCCAUCUGGUGGGACUCAAACAAGGCGACGGCAUCAUGGCGAUCAACGGAGCCGACGUAUCUACCGCUUUGCACGAGACCGUGGUGCAGAUGAUCGGCCGAUGCAUCGGGCCGCUGCGCUUGGUCGUGCAUACCGAAGGCCGCGUCAUCGGGAACCCCAUUCUACACGACGAAAAGUUUUUAAUAAGCCCCAAAAAGGCCAGCGUCCUACGCGCCAUCUCGCACGAUUCACCCAAUUCCGACAACUGGCGCCACGUGCUUGUCGGCAAGCAAAGGCCACUAUCAGAACCGGACAUGUCACAUUGGUCCAAACAACAAAGUGCCGAAACGCAAGAGCCAAAGUAUGAACGCCAUUCUGUUUUUACGGACGGCGAGGACGUUAAUCCAGACUGGAGCAUUUUAAACAUGACCUUGGUGGUGGGCUACCUGAGCUCCACCGAGCUGAUCUUAAAUACGUCGCAAUUGGAGGACGACAGCUUGAAGGCCAUCCGAGAGCGAAUACGCCAGCUGGGCACGGAGCAGGAUACCCACACGCUAGUCAUGAUGAAGAUUACGUUUGAUUGCAUCCGACUUUGCGAUGACAUGGGAGCCGUUUUGGCGGCCUUUCCCACCGAGAACUUGGUCCUAGGGGCCGUUUGCGCCGAGGACCCUCGUUUCUUUUGCCUGGUGACCACCGCGCACAUUAUCAACGGCUGCGCCCCACAAGACACUCCGCUGAGAGCCUCCUGUCACGUUUUCUUCAUUGACCCGGAGCUGGGAAACCACGAUGAGCACAUAGGUAUUGCCGGGCGCUUUGGCUUCGACUGCACGCCUGAUCCGGACACCUCUGGUUGCCUGGAAUUCCCCCAGGCUCCGCCGGAUGUUCUUAAUUUUGUCACGGUCCUGUACAGUGAUAUGGGGGACGCAGUGGAGAGGCUUCGAGCCAAACUGGACUCGGAGGCUCAGCAGCAAGACAAGGCGAACGUCCAAAAAGGUAGUGCCAGUAGUAACGGAGACAGCGGCAUUGACAAUGCCUCACCCCCUGAGGAAAGAGCCGCCAGGGAUUUCCCUUGCGUAAUCCAAAACCACUCCGGGGUCCUCCUCCCCACCUGUCCAUGGGAUAAUCCCGCAUCCCCAGACCAUAUCCCGAGAAACCGCUACAAUAAUGGCCACCUAAAAAAUAAUGGUAGCACACACUCCCUUUCAGAGUCGCUUCCCGGGCCUGAUUCUCUCACUGACUUUUACGGACGUCCCCCGCCUCGCUUGAAGUUCCAGUUCAAGCCUCCGCCUCCUCUUUCCCUUUUGGAUAAAAAAAAUAGCCUCUCAGAAGAGCCUCUCCGGGGUAGCCAGCGUUGGUUCUCCAAGCCAAAAUGGCCCAAAUCCCUCAGAGGUGAUCCAGAGCCUACAGUGACAUGGAACGACGACAACUGGUUAGCUGACGUUGGCUCGGGUGCCAAAGCGCGGAGCCUACCGCCGCCCAUGAGCCAGAUUCCCUCAGACCGGUAUCGGUCUGCCGAGGUCCUCCCGAUGAUGCCCCCCAAAGAGGAAUGGACCCAAGCGUUUGUCCACCGGAAGAAUGAGCGUGGCAAAAAUGGCUCCAGAUUUUGGGGCUUGGGUGCACUCCGUGCCUCCAAACGCCGCUCUUCAAAGCGUCUUAGCUUGGCCCGAUCUCUGGAUGACCUUGAGUCGGCGGCUUCCUCCGACGGCGAUUCCGGCGGCGUUCAGUUGCAGGGAUGCUGCAGCCACAGCAGCCUGAACAGUAACGGAAGCCUUCCGGGAAGCCACCGAGGGCUUCCGGAACAACGCGUGGCCAGCUGGGCCGGCUGCUUCGAGCGCCUCCUCCAGGACCCGGUGGGCGUUCGCUACUUUUCGGAAUUUCUCAAGAAAGAAUUUAGUGAGGAGAAUAUCUUGUUCUGGCAAGCCUGUGAAUACUUCAACCAUGUUCCUGCGACUGACAAAAAGCAGCUGUCCCAGAGAGCCGGCGAGAUCUACAACAGCUUUCUGUCCAGCAAGGCCACCAUGCCGGUCAACAUUGACAGCCAAGCUCAACUGGCCGACGACGUCCUCACGUCCCCGAGGCCCGACAUGUUCAAGACGCAGCAGCUGCAGAUCUUCAAUCUGAUGAAGUUUGACAGCUACUCCCGUUUCCUCAAGUCUUCCCUUUACAAGGAGUGCAUGCAUGCCGAGGUGGAUGGCCUCCCCUUGCCGGAUCCCUACCAGAUCCCCUGCAGUCCCGCACCGUCCAAACACAGCGCUAGCUCGGACCGCUCGACCCUUUCCACUCCCAAGAAGGACGCCAGGAAGCAGCGGUCGGGGAGGUCACUCAAUGAGGACAGCCGAGAUGAAAGCGCCGACAAAAAACGUGGGAUUUUCUUUUCGUGGUCUCGCAAUCGGAGCUUUGGCAAGGGUCCUAAAAAGAAGGACAUUAGCGAUAUUAAUCUCGACUAUUGGGGUAGUAACGGCCGAAGGGAGUCCCAAGGCUCCUUGUCUUCCAGUACCAGCCUGGAGAUGGCCACUUCUUGCUCUGCUGGCAAGAUAGAGUCAGACAAUCGACACUCGGUGGGCGCGUGGGAUCGCUCCCCAAAGCAAUGCAGCGUGAUGCUGCCCGACAGCUCCAUCUCCUCCAUCACUCUUCGGCCCGGCGCCUCCAUUCGGGAGGUCCUCCAAGUUCUGUGUCACGGCAUCAGUGUUAACGUGGCGGCGGUGGAUCUCUUCCUGGUGGGAGGCGAAAAGCCUUUAGUGUUGGACCAAGACUGCAUGACCCUCAGCUCGCGAGAUCUGCGAUUGGAAAAGAGGACCUUGUUCCGACUGGACCUGGUGCCCAUUAACCGCUCAGUAGGGCUGAAAGCCAAACCCACCAAGCCGGUCGCUGAAGUCUUACGCCCCGUGGUGGCCAAGUAUGGCCUCCUGCUCACUGAACUGGUGGCCAAAAUAAACGGCCAAAUGGAACCUUUGGACCUGGGAGCCCCCAUAUCCAGUCUGGACGGUCUGCGUGUCGUGCUGGACCGGGUUGACCCGGCCUCGGCCAAAGAUGUACCCAAGAGCUCCUCCCUCAAAAGCCAACCACCGACCAGGAGUCUAUCGGCAACAGGAGAUGAGAGGUCAACAGCGCCAAAGGAGUUUUGUGGGCGGGCAAGUGGACUGGACUCGGCGCUACCAGGCGAAAAAAGAAAACAGAAAAAGAUAAAUAUAGACGAAGCCGAAGAAUUCUUCGAGCUGCUGAGCCGGGCGCAGAGCACCCGGGCCAAUGACCAGCGCGGACUACUGACCAAAGAGGACUUAGUGCUUCCCGAUUUUUUGCGUCUGGUGCCCCUUCCCGAUUGCCCCUCCUCGGACCCGGCGUGCUCCACACCGGAGUCUCUGAAGCAAAGCCGUGAGAACGGCGGGCACCCUCGAGGGCCGCUGGCCUCGGGCCUCCGCUCCGAGAGUCUGGACUCCUCGCUCGGACACUCCGGGGCCAGGCGGUGCCUGAUGCCCCCGUCUCGCCACUCACCCUUCGGCACCCACUUAUCCCCCAUCCCGCGGCCCCCGGACGCCCGGUCGAGCCUCCGCACCGUGGAGGAGGACACUCACGCCGACUUGACCCUGGUGGGGGAGGGUGACAUCAACAGCCCCAACAGCACGCUGCUGCCAGCGUCCCCGUCCCCCAUGCCGUCUCUGGAGGGGAGCCUGCCCGAAGCUAACUUCACCCCGCCGCCUCCACCCUGCCCUCACCCACAAGACGCGGACGCAAAUUCCACUCCAGGCACCAACUGCGCCUCCAAAGCACCUGGUGGGAACGAAGCGCAGGAAGUGAUGGACGUGGAGGGGGUGCACCUGGAAGAGGGAGCGCCGACCGAGACGCCCCGCGGGGACGAGUCGGAGCUCAGCUUGAGCUUUCAGGGCUACGUGGCCGAGUUGCGCCAGUGCCAGAGUCGGAUGAGGAACACCCAGCAGAUGCCUCACGGCACCGUUCGCCCGGAUGAACCGGACUGCAAAGCGGACCUCUUUAAGGCCACCGUCGUCUAAUGAGCCCUCUACUCCCCUUCCCCCCUCCCCUCCGAGUCCACUGAUGCACUUUGAAAGCCCCAAGGGAAGGAGUCAAACAACUCUGCAUGUCCAUUAAGGCCUCCCCUCUAUGAAAUGAUUGUUAUCGUACAUUGGAAUUCUGGUGUUUUGGUACGUUCAGUUGGUGUAAUUUGGUGUUUUUGGUUUAGCUUGAAAUUUCUAUGACAAGCCAUAAAAAAUGACAACUUCUAAUACGGCAUAUUGUUUUAUUUGCUGCGUUUGUAUUAGUAUUUUUAUUUAGUAUGUCCCUCUGCGGACUUUAUGAAGAAAUAUUGUUCAAAUUUGUGUUUUUAAAAUAGUUUUUGAUUUUAUUAGAUAUUUUCGCUACCAUCCAAGUAAAUGGUUGUUUGAUUUAUUUUAAAUUCAAUUGAACAGGACCAAUCGUCUUAACUUAUAUUUUUCCAAUCAUGUUUACGUCAAUAUUUUUGAUGAUUUUACUUCGCCCAUACCCAAUAUUGUGUUUCAUCUAAAACUACCAAAUUCAUUUUUUUUAGGAUCAACAAAUGAAUUCCUCCUUUGUGCUUCCUGUGUUGAUUCCGGAUGGCUGAAUAUUUCCUGUACUUUCUGCUUCUGUGGUUGAAGUUGUCAAUUAAAAAAGAAUCUCUGAUGACUUUA